AUGACUGCGCCCACCACAUCCGCACGAGUGUUUCUCGUCCGUCAUGGCGACACUGACUGGAUCUCGGGCGGGAAAUUUGCCAGUCGAACCGAUAUACCUCUUUCGAAGAUGGGAGAAAAGGAUAUUGAGUUCACGCGCGAUCGUGUUGUCGCGGAAGAUGAGAUGAUUGAUCCGACUGGCAUUGCCAAAAUAUACUGUUCGCCGAGAAUCAAUGCACGCCGCACGGUCGAGAUCUUGGGAAUCGGUGUGCACCACCACCAGCAUUUUCAAAAUGAGGAGACAGGUCAGAAAUGGAGGUCUGAGUCUGUGAUAAAGGGCGAGACGGCGGAUCCAUAUAUCCAUAUCACGAAGUCGUUGGAGGAGUGGGAUUUUGGAUACUAUGAAGGAAUGACUUUGCAGGCAAUAAAUGAGAAGCGAAUGAAGGACUAUGGCAGUGGAACGUGGGAUAUCUGGACAGAUGGAUGUCCAGGCGGAGAAUCUCCACAGCAAGUCACCGAGCGCCUUGACAAGCUCAUCCGUGAAAUCAAACAAGUCAUCUCGUCAAACUCGGCCAGUUGGCCCGGAGGUCAGCUCAUUGCUCAUCGAAGUCAGCAUGCGCAAGAUGUCGUAUGCGUCGCACAUGGACAUAUCUUAGCUGCUCUGGCUAUCCGUUGGGUUGGUCUCCCGUUGGACACGGGAAUGAUGAGACUGAUCUUUGAGCCCGGGGGCGUGGGUAUUUUGGGAUUCGAGCAUGACAAUAUCAAUCAACCUGCUAUCUUGGUAGGCAGAAAACCUGGUCGACCUGAUCGAGAACAGCGCAGCGAGACUGGAUUCGCACAAGCAAGUCGCUAG